CAAACCAGACUCCCCUAAACCAGAGAGAGAGAGAGAGAGAGGGAGACCCAAGUUCGAAACACAACAAUCUCUCUCUAAAACGGACCUCUCUCCCUUCUCCAUUGCUUUCUCUUCGUACUCACAUAGAUACAUAUUAGUAUAUCAGUGAGCCCGCUAUUAUCAUCACGCAAGUUGAACUUGUGCAAAUUCUUCUGAGACUGGAUCCGCAGAAGAAAAAGGUAAUAUAUGGAGGCCGGCGCAGGAAAAGGUUUGGAAUGCCAGAAGAUUAUGGAUGGGAAGGCGAAUGAUGCUGCCAAUGCUUUGGAUAAGGCUAUUAUACCUUCAUGUUGCUUGAAAGCCAGGGCCUCAGACCCUGAGGUUGAGGCCAAAUGCCAUUCAACAGUUGUCUCGGGAUGGUUCUCUGAACCUCUGUCCUGCACUGGAAAAGCUGGCAAGCGAGUGUAUUUCAACAACCCUAUGUGGCCAGGAGAAGCACAUUCACUGGAAGUGGAAAGAAUCCUGUACAAGGAAAAGUCAGAGUACCAAGAGAUCCUGGUUUUUGAGUCCUCAACCUAUGGGAAAGUGCUUGUGCUUGAUGGCAUAGUUCAGUUGACCGAAAAAGAUGAAUGUGCUUAUCAAGAGAUGAUAGCUCAUCUUCCCCUUUGUUCUAUUCAAUCUCCCAAAACAGUUCUGGUUGUAGGUGGUGGUGAUGGAGGAGUUCUUAGGGAAAUUUCGCGCCACACCUCUGUGGAGCUCAUUGAUAUUUGUGAGAUUGAUAAGAUGGUUAUAGAUGUUAGUAAGAAGUUUUUUCCGGAGUUAUCUAUGGGCUUUAAGGACCCUCGUGUGCAACUGCAUAUUGGUGAUGCGAUUGAAUUUCUACAUUGUGCACCUGAAGGAAAGUAUGAUGCGGUUAUUGUUGAUUCCUCAGAUCCCGUGGGUCCUGCGCAAGAACUUGUGGAAAAGCCAUUUUUUGAGACUAUUGCAAGAGCACUGAGGCCUGGUGGUGUUCUGUGUAACAUGGCGGAAAGUAUGUGGCUUCACACUCAUCUUAUUCAGGAUAUGAUCUCUAUUUGCUGUGAAACAUUUAAGGGUUCUGUUCACUAUGCAUGGACAAGUGUUCCUACAUAUCCAAGUGGCUUGAUUGGAUUUUUGGUAUGCUCAACGGAGGGGCCCCCUGUAGAUUUUAUUCAUCCUAUCAAUCCUAUUGAAGAAAUAGAGGGAGCACUCAAGCAUCAAAGAGAACUAAGGUUUUACAACUCUGAGAUCCACACGGCUGCCUUUGCCUUGCCAUCUUUUGUCAAGAGGGAGGUCACUUCUCUUCGUAAUAAUUCUUCAUCCCCAGCUAAACGAAUUUGUGUUUCGUAGUCAAAAUUAAGGAUCCCCUAUAUAUCUCUGAUAAACAGAGACACUCCUAUAUAUUUCGAGUGGAUUUCAAGCUAUAGCUUAUAUGAAUCCAUGAGCUUUUGCUUUUGCUUUUGGGUUGUGGUGGAAGACGAGAAAGUAAAAUCAUAUCAACCGGCUGUUAUCUUUCUGUGUGGCAUUUACAUACAGCGGAUUGAGGGUGUUAUUGGUGAUUUCGUCAAAAUUAAGCAAGCGUUAUUAUUGAUUUUA